AUUCUCUCCUCUUUCUUCCCCCAAUCUAAAACCCUAAAUUCUCGUCGAUCUCGUAUAACUCACUCACCAUCGACAUCCAUCCCGCAGAAAAUCUCAGGCUUUUUCUUUGAGUGAAGUUGCUAUAAUGGACGGAGACCAUUCCGCUUCAAAUGCAACUAGGGUUUCAGGUAACAAAAGAAAAUUUGGUGACCAUGAACAUGAUGUCUCCGUUUCAAAGAAGAGUUGUACUGAAUGUGUAGCAAUCGUUUCAUCAACCAUCGAGAGUCUUGUGGUUUUUAAAGACGAGCUUGCUUCAAUUCGAACAUUGCUCUCUGGCAGUUUUGAUAAACUUAAAGACGAGCUUGCUUCAUUGUUCUUUGACAGUUUCCAGAGUGUUAAAGACGAGCUUGCUUCAUGUCAAAAUGAGCUUGAUAAGUGGAAGUCAGCGUUUAAAAAGGAGUCCUUUGUACCCGCUAGAAAAUCUCCUGAACCUCAACAUGUGAUUGACUACAUCCAAACUCUAAGAUCUUCCGACAAGUAUUUGAAAGAAGAGUUGGAAAUUGCACAAAUGAAAUUAGCUAUCCGUGAUCUGAAAGCUCAACUCAAGCCAGAGUCAGAGAAGCUAACAGAUGGGGAUACAGAAGUCCACGACGAGCAGCAGCAGCAAGGAUCGACUCCUUCUGGUCCGUCACGCAACGUGGCAUAUCUUGAGGAAGAGCUGAGGGCAGCAAAUGCGAGGAUCGCAGAGUUGAAUGAGUAUCAGGAGGUGGAGUUGAAGGAGAUGGUGAAGCAGUUGGAGUAUUAUCGCAACUUGGGCAAGUUGAUACUUGACAAAUUCCCAGACUUGGUUCCUCCACAACCUGCACCAGAGGAUAACAAUGAUCAGAGAUAAAUCUAUAUUAUCUGUUAUAUAGGUUUGUUGGAAACUAAAGAAUCCAUCUAUGUAGAAAAACGUUAGAAUCAUUUCAAUUGUUUUUUCCGGUAAUCGCCUUAUUAAUAUCCUAACUUUUGUAAUAUUUUCAGACUAGUUAAGUGUAGUAGUUUAUUUUGUAAGCUUCUCUCAGUAAUCACAAUUUCUAACA